AUGACAGAAUUGGGGCGUUACAAGGAGCAACUGGCUACAUCCGUCAGCUUUGAGCGUGGAAUGCUGCUACGACGCCUGACUGCUGGCAUGACACCGGAGGGCAUUGUGGGACUAAAGUUCCUUGGAAGCGAAACGAACAAUUUGGGUAUAGAUAGAGAGUUCGCUUUGGGGAAUUUUGAUGGGGAAGUGCCGUUGGGGCAAUUGGCGACUGAGAUAGGCGAUGGCAUGAAGGGGCUCAAAGCCGAGAUUGCACGGGAUGGUCGCAUCAUUGGCCUAGGACUUCUCGAAAAAGAUUCUUCUUCGACAAUUUCAUCUUCUAGACUAGAUGUGGAGCCAUCUCCCAAUCCAUUGUGGUACCCAACUAUUCCACCGAUCACUUGGACGUCCACAAUGGCACCGUCCCUCGAUACAGAUUUCACAUACUUGCACCAUACAACUUUUGCUUCUGAUCCUCAAUCAUUAAAGCACCUCACUCAUCUUUGUGUAUUUUCAGAUGUGAACCCUCCUGGCAUUUAUGGACUCCAGUUCCAUUUCGAUGAUAGAGGCCCCAUACCGGCCCUUUCGCCAUCCCCAGGGAAAGGAGUAUCAUUCAUGAUCAACGGUAUCCGUGGCGAAUGUAUUGCUGCUAUCCAGACCUUCUACUCUGAGAGAUCACAAAGCGCCGGCCUAACAAUCUUCACAAGUCAAGGUCGCCAAGCGAACUUUUCGACUACAGAUGUUGUCAAUGAUACACUAUUGCAGAAGCAUGUUGUCGACGAGUAUAGCUAUGCUGCUGGUAUUAUGGCAAGAGUGGUUGUGAAAGGCGAUCGCGCCCUUCCAUACCAGAAUCUCGGCUUUCUUUGCGCUCCUGGGACUCAAAAUCAAUACCCAAAAUCGUCAAAGCUCUCGUUGGACAGGAUGUAUGACGACAAUCACAAUGUGUGGAUAGAGAAUGAGAAGCCGCAUCCAGACUUUCUACUUUCAGAAUUCAUAGGAUCCCAAUCAAGCCACGGUUUCAUAAAUUGGAUUACGCUCGAUAAGCCGAUAUCUCGGAUCACUGCCUGUCUCUUGACUGGUAAGCGUAACUUCCGAGGCGAAGAAGCUCCACCUGCUCUUACAGGGGUGAAAUUUGAUACAACUAGCGGAUCGCCUAUGCUGCUUGGUCGAUGCACAUCGUUCGGACUGUCCAUUGAUCUCGAAAAUGCAGACAAAAUCGUAGAAUUCUCGAUCGGACUCCAAAUCUCAGAACGUUCCCGAUCUAUCCAAGAGAUCAUGUUCAUCUUUAAAUCCGGCAUUCGUAAAGGACUCAGGGCUGACAGGCUCAUUGAAGAUCAUGAGUGUCAACAUCGCCAGGUUCUGAGAUCUGGCACAAGCUGUGACUUGGUUGGCUUGGUUUGGUCUUUCGAUCUUGGACCUGCCUACAUUGGGGAUCAGGGAGUCCAAGGUCUUUAUCGUCUCAAUGCAAAUCAGCCCAAGGAAGACUUCAUGCCUACGAUAUACCCCUCGGUCAAUUGGAGCAAGCCUCCGCCUCCUAAUCUACAGCUACGACCUAUCCCUUGCUCGAAGGUGCAUAGCCACCGUUUACAUUCGAGUCUACGCAUUGAUGAUGACUAUGAGGCAUUGCUCGACAGUAACCUCACAUCCAUCAAAGUAUAUUUCAAUGCUUUCCUCCAAGGUCUUACGUUCCACUACGCGAAUGGUACAAGCCGAAUCCUUGGCAACACGGUCGGCGCAGAAGAAUCUUUGGAGCUUCAUGAUGAGCGUAUAAUUGCCGUAUAUAUCACAUCAUAUGUGCAAAGACUUCCAAACAUGUCGCUUCCCCGGGAUACAAUGGCGAUUGGGGCCAUCCGAUUUUGCCUCGUGGAGAAUACAAGCUCCGAGCCCAAGGUACGAUACACUCGUCAUGCUGGCUCACCUAGUAUUUUCGGCCCGUUCACAAACCAACAACGGGGCCUGUGGCAAGCAGAAGGCGGCGGCUCUGCUAAUUGGAGAAACUGCUUUCCGCUAGAAGAAACUUGUAUUCAAAUUGAGAGCAACACAUCGUUCGCGGGUCUUUGGGCUGAAGUUGUGAGCACACACAUCCAUCGUUUAGGCGUCCUCGUAUCCUUUAGCAACCCUCUCACCCUCGAUCAUGUUAGCCAGCCGCAUCCUACCAUAGAAUCUCGAGCCUCGUCCCACGAGGAGGAAAUGCCGGGCUCUUGGCUCGCGAGACCUCCACCUGCGCACUUUGAACAAACGUCUUUACUCGGCCAUGACAUCAAAGCCCAAGAUCAUCGCAUGUGGUGUCACCUCUUGACUCAGCCUUCUAGAGUUGUCAUAUACCGCCAUGCAGGCCCUCACGGAAUUGUGGUUGUCGGCAUUGAGUUCUUAACCCCCACAACAGCGGAUGAUCCUGAGCGUGCCACAACCCUCUUAGGCUUUCGCUCUCUAUGGACGGAGCAUGCCAUUACUCUACAGAUCAAAGAGGAACAAAAGAUAAUCGGCAUAGGCGUAAAGGCCAAUCAACCCAGCCAAUGGCGAUCAGGUGAGCAGGGCCUUGGAUUGGAGAGUGUGAGGAUCUGGGUUACAGGGGGCGUAUACGUAGCGAACGGCCACGAUGAAGGAAGUGAUGGGUGGCUCGACGCGACUUGCAGCCACGAGGAGCAACUGGAGGGAUUCGUGGUCGCAUUCGGAGAGUACAUGCAAGCUAUCGGCUUGCUAACUUCUAGAUAG